GUGCAUUCCCUCGCUACCCACUCGUUUUCUCGUCUUGCCAACGUCUUAGUCCUUUUUGAUCUUAGAUAAUUGGGACAAAAGAAUACCGACUAUGCCUGACCAGCUGUAUCCGGAGUAUGAGCUUCAAAGGGCCAUUAGCAACACCAAGAAUGCUGAUGACUCCACUGCUUUUGGUGAGAAAUCUCCGGGUGUGAGAAGGAUCGAAAUCAUCGCAGCCAGCUUCACAACCUGGCAUCGAUGGGUUUUGUUCAUCUCUGUGUUUUUUAUGUCUUAUAGCUAUGGCCUGGAUGGCUCUGUCCGAUACACCUACCAGGCGGAGGCACUCUCAGAGCUCGGCACUUCCGCGCAAGUCUCCACUGUCACUGUUGUCCGUUCUAUUGUCGCUGCUGCUGCCCAGCCUGCGUUCGCAAAAGUUAGUGACUACUUUGGCCGUGUCAGUAUCUUGAUCAUCAGCGUAAUCCUCUAUGUGGUCGGGACUAUUGUGACUGCAACCUCCACGAACCUCGCUGCCUUCUGUGGUGGUUCAGUCCUCUACCAAUUUGGUUACACUGGUGUACAGCUGCUCGUCGAAGUCUUGAUCGCAGACGUUACUUCCCUUCGUUCCAGAUUGCUCUUCAGCUAUAUCCCUGCUACCCCGUUCCUUAUCAACGCAUGGAUCAGUGGUAAUGUGGCUUCCGCUGUCUUGACACACAGCACCUGGGGAUGGGGUAUCGGUAUGUGGGCCAUCAUUUUCCCCGUCACGGUCAUCCCCCUCCUGUUUUCCCUUAUCCAAGCCGAAUGGAGAGCCCACCGGAAGGGUCUCCUCCGAGAAAUCCCCUCUCCGCUCCGUACUUUCGGUGACCGACACAUGUGGGCCGAUAUCUUCUGGCAAAUCGACCUCGUCGGUCUCCUCCUCCUUGCCGCCGUCCUUGCCCUCAUCCUGCUCCCCUUCACCCUCGCUGGCGGUGUCGCGAGUAUCUGGAGGACAGCGAGGGUCAUCGCCCCUUUGGUGGUUGGGUUUGUGGUUGCUUUGCCGCUGUUUGUGUUUUGGGAAUUGAAGGUCGCUAGGCACCCGAUGUUGCCAUUUAGGAUCUUGAAGGAUAGGCAGGUACUGGCGUCGCUGUUUAUUGCCAUGCUUUUGAACACUGCUUGGUACACGCAGGGCGAUUAUCUGUACUACACCUUGCUCGUUGCAUUUGACCGAGACAUCAUCUCUGCUACUCGAGUACAAAAUAUCUACUCCUUCACUUCCGUCGUCAUCGGUGUCUGCUUGGGUCUCAUUAUCCGUAAAGUGCGCCGACUGAAAUGGUUCAUCGUCGCCGGUACUCUCCUCUUUGUCCUCGCUUUUGGUCUUCUCAUCCGAUACCGUGGAGGUUACUCUAUUUCCGACUUUGCCGGUCUUGUCGCUGCUGAAGUGGUCCUCGGUAUUGCCGGUGGUCUCUUCCCUUACCCAACCCAGGUUAUGAUCCAGUCUGCCGUCCAGCACGAGCGCACAGCCGUCGUGACAUCUCUCUAUCUUGCUUCUUACUCUGUCGGUUCAGCCCUCGGUAACACCAUUGCUGCCGCCAUCUGGACCAACACCAUGCCUAGCCACUUGUAUAACGACUUCAUCCGUGCCGGUCUCUCCACCACAGACGCAUCUACCCUUCAAGCGCUUGCUUAUGCUAGUCCUCUCCAGUUUAUCAUAGAUUAUCCGCCUGGUACGCCCGAGAGGGAGGCGGUGGGCAGUGCGUAUAGAGAGGUGCAGAGGUAUUUGACGAUCACCGGUAUCUGUAUUUCGACUGUGAUUGUGUUCAUGGCUCUUAGUUUGAGGAACCCGAGGCUUGGUGAUGAGCAGAGUUUGCCAGAUGCCGAGAAGCUCGAGAAGGUGCCCAGUGAGAUGUCGGGAGCUACUGAAGAAACUACGGAGACAAAGCAAAAGAACUAAAGAGGCGCUGGAUUCGGUGUUCUUAAUAUUAUAUUAUAAUGUUCGAAGUGAAUCUCGAUGUACAAUAGCUGCUGAGAUCUUUGAAGCAGGCCAACAAUUUGUGGAUUUUCGGUGCGC